AACAAAAGACUAUCAGGAACUAACAGCAGAUGUCUGCCCACCCCAUCCCUGAGACCAGCCCCGUGUAUAUAUAUAUAACUGGUCUGUAGUCUUUGUUCUGGAAAUGGUUCUUUUGAACAUUAGUGGGCCAUCUUCCCUCUCGCUAGCAAGCUGUAAUAAAAAACCCUUUCUCUCCUACCACCUCGCCUCCUGACUAUUGGCUUGUCUUGCAGCAGGCAGAUGACCACCCUUGGGUGGUAACAAGUGGAGUGAUGCAGCUACAAGACAAGGAACACCAAGGCCUGCCAGGAGCCACCAGAAGAUAGAAAGAGGCAAGGAAGCAUUCUUCCUUGGAGCUGUGAGAGGGAGUGUGGCCCUGCGACAGCUUGAUUUCAGAUUUCUAGCCUCCAAAUCUGUGAGAGAACUGUGAGUAGUGUUGUUUUAAUCCACUCAGUUUGUGGUAAUUUGUUAAGGCAGCUGUAGGAAACUAAUAGAGAUACCUGUGUAAAGCUCCUGGCACACAGCUAGAACGUGCUGGUAUUCUUCUUUCUCUCCUCUUCUCCUACUCCCAAACUUCUCUCCUACUCCUAAUACUAAACCCCCAGCUUUGAUGGGGACACAGCUCAAGAGUCUUUGCAUGCAGACAAGUGACAUUGAAAGCAAAACCAAAACUUCUCACUAGGCUGGGUUUUGUUCAAUUCCUCAGAACUAGUUCGGGUUUUAUUACCCUCGUGUUACAAGGAAGUCUGAGCUGGAUGGAGAUGACAUCUUUUCUCGUCUUGCUUAAUAUGCCUUAUCCCCACAUUCUGAUGGCAUUUUUGUUACUCAUCCACUUAUGUCCCUCUGCCUACUAGAAAGAAUCCUGGCUUGGAGCUACUGGUUCUUGCAGUGGUCUAGACAGCAAUCUAGGUUUUUAAAUUUUUAUUUUAUUUUGUUUUGUUUGGGCUGUUAGUUUAUUUGGCUUCUAUGAAGGAAUCUGACACAAAGAACAACUGUUUGUUAUUUUCUUUUACCUCUUUGCCUGAGGAGCCGUGCCAAGUCCUGACAUCCGGUACAGAACAUGUUCCUCCUCCCACUACUUGUGAGUCUGGGAAUGCAGCUUUGUCAGACAGCAGCUUUUUUCACAGUGACGGUCCCUGUGGAACUGUACACAGUAGACUAUGGCAGCAAUGUGACCCUGGAGUGUCAUUUUGACACUGGAGGUCCUGUGGAACUCAGAGACUUAAGAGCCAGUUUGCAAAAGGCGGAAAAUGAUACAUUCUUGCACAGUGAAAGAGCCACGUUGCUGGAGGAGCAGCUGCCCCUGGGGAAGGCCUUAUUCCACAUCACCCGAGUCCGAGUGACGGAUGCGGGGCAGUACCGCUGCCUGAUCAUCUAUGGGGCUGCCUGGGACUACAAGUACCUGACUCUGAAAGUCAAAGCUUCCUACAAGAAAAUAAACACUCAUGUCCUUAAGGUCCCAGGGACAGAUGAGGUAGAGAUCACUUGCCAGGCUGAAGGUUAUCCCCUGGCAGAAGUGUUCUGGCCAAAUGUCAGUGUUCCUGCCAAUACCAGCCACACCAAGACCUCUGAAGGACUCUACCAGGUUAUCAGCGUUCUGCGCCUAAAGCCACACCCUGGCAGAAACUUCAGCUGUGAGUUCUGGAAUGCUCAUGUGAAGGAACUUACUUCAGCCAUCGUUGACCCUCAAGGUGAGAUGGAACCCAAGAUCCCUCCAGCUUCGCUGCUUCAUGUUUUAAUCCCCUCCUUCAUCAUUGCUUUAAUGUUCAUAGCUACAAUGAUAGUCUUAAGAAAACGGCUCUGUCAAAAGCUUUAUUCUAGAAAAGACACAACAAAAAGAUCUGUCACCACAAUAAGGAAGGAAGCGAACAGAGCUAUUUGAACCUGCGGUCUCAGGAGCUGGGGUGACCUGAUGGGAUAUCCUCAAGAAGCCUCUGGACUCUGAACAAGAAUACUUUGGCCUGCAGAGCUUCUUGUUUGUACUUUUCAAAUGCCUUUGGAUGACCCAGCACUUUAAUCUGGAGACUGCAGCAAGACUAGGCAGCACCUGGCCAUGGUGUGCUCAAAGGAAGUCAGGCAGCCCGCCCCUUUACAGAUCCGACCCCUCAUGUCUGCAGCCUGUGGCUGAAGCAAGCACUAUUGCACUUUAGAAAUGACCAUACUGGGUCCUAGGCCCCUGUGAGUGUCCUGAGGCUCCUUCUUGCUGCCAGACUGAAAACAAAGGGAAUUAUUUCCCUUUAAGGUUCCAAAAUGAUUUCCAGAAGCAGAGAUGAGUGUAAAUUUCCAGUUACAGAAAUGGACAGAUUGCCAAUAGGCUAAUAAUUAUCCAUAGUUCCCUCUGGAUACUGGAAAAGCCUAUUGAGACUAUGAGCUCACAGAUAGGGCUUGAUACAAAGUCAAGCCAUAAUUGACAUGUAUUAUGGUUUACUGGAAUCUUGAAAGCAUCUGAGGAGUUCUAAUUAACAGAAAGCAUUUAAGGACACAGAAGGGCCAACUACAAGAUGUGGAGAAAAGCCGUUGAGUAUUUUUGUGAGGUCCAAAUCACGAAGCAUUUAUUGUAAACUGUAAUAGCACUGUGUUGAAUGGUGUUUUUUUAAACUACAUCUUUCCUUCAAAAAAUUCUGUUUUUUUAAUUUCAGAAAUCAAUGAUAUACAUUAAAAAAUUUUGGCAUUCUUAA